AUGACAAAAUCAGCAAAUAACAGUGAAUCAAGUGGAAGCAUACCACCGGUUUAUCUCUUCACCCCCUCUGAUGGUCCCGGCACACAGCUUAUCUCCUGCAAACUAAAUGGCAGGAAUUACAAUACUUGGUCUCUAGCAAUGCAAACAGCGCUUCAGGCCAAGAACAAGCUCAGUUUUAUCGAAGGAAAAGUGUUACAACCAGCAGAAGGAGAACCUUACCAUGAGCAGUGGGUGACUUGUAAUUCGAUGCUCCUCUCAUGGAUUUUCAAUCGCCUGGACGAAGAUUUACAGAACUCAGUGGCAGGAGCGAGAAAUGCAAAAACUCUCUGGGACGAUCUUAAGGAACGAUUUUCCCAAGGUAAUGAAGCAAAAAUUCACCAGCUUAAGACUGAUAUUUGUUUACUCAGACAAGAGAAAAGAUCAGUUUCAGAGUAUUAUUCAAAGUUAAAGAGUCUCUGGGAUGAAUUAGAUAUGUAUCUCGAUUUACUCGUUUGUUCGUGUGAUGCUGGAGCUCGACUAAUGGCCUACAAGGAAAAGGAGAAAUUACAUCAGUUCCUAAUAGGGCUCAAUCCCGAGUUCCAGACUAUCCGUUCUCAGAUUUUGAGCAUGGAGCCACUGCCAAAUGCGAAUAGGGCACAUUCGAUUGCAGCAAACGACGAGGCACAACGAUUAAUCACACACGGCAGAGAAACAAUUUCAGAAUCGCUCGGUUUUGCAGCAAAAAUCAGUCGCGAUUUUGGUGGGGGAUCAAACCCCAACCCUAAUUUCAGCAAUUUCAGAGGAGAAAGCAAACCUCGAAGCCGCCCGUUCUGCGAUUACUGCGGUCGGAAUGGCCAUUUUCGGGCCACUUGCUACCAGCUGAAUGGGUAUCCAGGUUCCGACCAGCGAAAUCCGAAGGGAUCCGCUGCUGGUGGCUCUCGGCCGGGUGUGAGGAAUUCGGCGCCUUCUCUCUCGACUCUGCAGAGCAAAUAA